CUUAAAGCCGAGGCAAAUGAAGCUUUCGCGAAGGGCCAGUGGGAUCGUGCUGUUUGCCUCUACGACGACGCUAUCGCGCUCCUGCCUGCGCGCCACAGGAUGGACGACGAAGGAUCCGAUGAUAGUGGAGACGAGAUGCAGGCGCAAGACAAGGGAAAGGGCAAAGCGACCGUGGAGGAGGAGGGCGAGCUCAAGACGCCCGCUGUGCUCGCCGAGGAGCAGGAGGUGUCGAAGCUGCGCGCAACAUUGUACUGCAACAUGGCGGCUUGCCACCUCAAGCUCGAGCAGUACAAAGUGGCCGUUGCUGCUUGCGGAGAAGCUUUGCUGGACGCUCCAGGCUACGUCAAAGCGUUGCACAGGCGGGCCACGGCUAAUGAGCACAUCGGCAAUUGGUCUGGUGUUUCAUCAGCCCUAGAUGACCUCAAGGUCCUGCUUACACUUAAAGACACGCCUGCAUCGCUAAGGCCAUCGAUCCGCAAUAAGAUCGCUCAGUUGGAGCCGAUGGCAAAGCAGCUCGGAGAGAAGGAGAAGGACGAGAUGGUGCAGAAAUUGAAAGGUAUUGGAGACAGUAUCCUCGGACACUUUGGCCUGUCCACCAAGAACUUCAAGUUCAAGCAGCAGGCCGGCGGAGGAUACAGCAUGGACUUCAUCCGUUGA